CACCAUGGGCAUGAUCCGCCGCAGCCUCGCCUUCCCUCCGCGCGCCCGGAACAAAGCGGCGGGCGGGCAGCCGAGCCAAGGGGGGGAGGGGGACCGGAGGGGGACUCGCGCCGCGGCGCCCCCUCGCCCCCGCCUGCCAGUGCGCGGCCCAGGGACUGCGGGGAUGGGGGCGGGCAACCUAAAAAGUUCUGAUCCGGGGAGGCUCGGGCGGGCUCCUGGGCAUCCUCCGGGGCAGGUGCAGCCUCGGGCGGCAGCGAGCGGGACAAGACCGCCUCCCGCCCCCUCCCUGCCCGGCAGGAAGCGACUGCCCCGAACAGGCCGCGUCCGCACGCAGCCGGGCUUCGGGCGCCGCUGCCCUGGGGCCAGAAACUAAACACCAAGUGCCCUUGGCUGCAGUGGGGCUGCCGGGCUUUCUUUGUGCAGGGUAGCGAUGGGACCCCUCGCCUGGCUUUUUCUUGGGGUAAGGGGGUGGGGGCUAUCACGAGGAGCUGCGCGACGACCGAAUGAACUCCGGCACCCGCGAUGCGGCCGGCCAGCGAAGGAAACCUCCAGAUGCCAGGGCCGGCUGCCCUGAGUCCCGCCUGGGUCUCCCACUCAGCGACUCUCCCCCUUCCGGUCUGCAAGCGAAGAAAUGUUCUUCCUCUCUGGGUCGGGUCUUUUUUAAAAUCUCCGUCCUCUGGUCACCAGCAGGUCCCUUGCUCUGUCUGGCCAGCGCGCUGUGCUCAGAGGCGGGCUCCCCGUGGGCGCACGUUUGCGGCCGACCUUUCCGCGCGGGCUCCCGGGUCGUCUGCGUCUGGCCUCGCCAUUCAGGAGGCCCGUCGGGCCGACGGCGCGGUCACUCGGACGGCGUUACGGGACGAGCCUUGGCCCGGGACUGGGGACGACUGGGCGGCAGCUGGCGGGCGCGAGGGGCAGGCUGCGCAGAGGCGGGUGCACCCGGCAGGGCGCACCGCGCGGGGCGCGCAGAACUCGGCUCGCGGUGCCUUCAACACCAUGGACAGGUCGCGCGAUUGGGGCUCACCGCCAGCUGGACAGCCAGCCCCCGGGGCGUCAUGCCGAUCUCCCCAGCGCCCUCUUCUUCUUCAGUAUCCACCCGACAGGUUCCAGACCCGCCUCUCCCGCGACGCCUCUGCCUCACUUCAUCUGGCUCCCAAGUAGCCCCGGGAACGUGCUGCCCAGGUGCAAAGAAAAUGCUGCAGGCACCGAGGAAAACAGCGGCCCCGGCCCUUCAAAACAAUCCGCCCCCUUCUCCCGCCACCCGAACCCGGCACUGUAGCUGUCUGCUCUGCCCAACUGGAGUCAGCCGCUCUCAGACUGCACCAUUUUCUUCUCAGCCCACCCGAGGCGCCGGCUCACUCGGCAGCGUGCAGAGAAUCCCGUCCCGGUCUCAACGUCCCACGAUCAGGCUCCCGGCGCGCGGUGGCAGACGAGGCAUUGGCCUCCUGCGCCGAGGACUCAGGGUCUAUGUGGACAGCAUCUUGUUCUACUCCCUGACCUGACGUAUCAUGAGUCUGGAGCCUGUAAAUCCAUGAUCACCAGCUACAUCAUCUGU